AUGGAUCCCCUCCAACCCAGCUCCUCGGCUGCUAACCGCGGUCCACGAUCGAAUGCUCGCAAGCGUUCAAGAGAACCAGAUGACAUGUCCUCGCCAGUCCCAGUGGCCCCUUCAAGUCCUCCCGCAAUUGCCUCAUCUCCGCCUAUGCAAUUUGAGGAAUACUCUGAUGAUGAAGAGGUCCAAAAUGAGGAGAUACUGGAUAUUGAUGAUGCGGAUGAAGCGGCAGAGGACGAGGAUGGGAUUGACCUUUUCGGCGACGAUUUUGAGCGGGACUACCGCGCCGGCGAAAAAGAUCAGUACGAGAACGAGCAUUACAUUGACGACGACGGUGACUACGAGGACCUUGAUGUUGGCGCCCGUCGGCAAUUGGAUGCUCGACUGAACCAGAGGGAUCGUGAAAUUGCUCGCAACCGCCGUAUGCCCGCUGCGUUCUUACAGGACGACGAUGAUCUCGAAUUAGACUUAGCGCGCCAGCCCCGCCGUCGGCGUCAUCACUAUGAUGAAGAACGGGAGGAUAUCGAUAUGGCAGAUGAAGGCAUGGAAGAGCUGUCCCUGGAGGAGCUGGCAGAUGUCAAGGCCGGAAACAUCACCGAUUGGGUUACUCAGCCUCAAGUUCUGCGAUCCAUGUACCGGGAGUUCAAAGCUUUCUUGACCGAGUAUAUCGAUCCGUCGGGUCAAUCGGUUUACGGUAACCGUAUUAAGCAUCUGGGUGAAAUCAACUCUGCAUCACUGGAGGUAUCUUACGCCCAUCUGAGCGAGUCGAAGGCUGCGCUUUCAUAUUUCCUGGCCAACGAACCUACUGAAGUCUUGAAAGUGUUCGACCAAGCCGCGCUCGAUGUCACUCUUUUCCACUACCCGUCAUACCAUGAUAUCCACAACGAGAUUCACGUGCGCAUCACCGAUGUACCCAUCAUCUACACUCUUCGCCAGCUGCGCCAGUCCCACCUCAACUGUUUGGUCCGUGUGAGCGGGGUUGUCACUCGCCGCACCGGUGUUUUCCCACAGCUUAAGUAUGUGAUGUUCUUGUGUCAGAAGUGUGGUAUCACGCUCGGUCCCUUCCAGCAAGAAUCCAGCGCCGAGGUCAAGAUUUCCUUCUGUCAGAACUGCCAGUCCCGCGGUCCAUUCCAGAUCAACUCCGAGAAGACCCUCUACCGCAACUACCAGAAGUUGACUCUACAGGAGUCUCCUGGCUCUGUGCCUGCUGGUCGUCUGCCGCGCCAGCGUGAGGUCAUUCUUCUUGCCGACCUGAUUGAUACCGCCAAGCCGGGCGACGAGAUUGAGAUCACUGGCAUAUACCGCAAUAGCUAUGAUGCGCAAUUGAACAACAAGAACGGGUUCCCCGUCUUCGCUACUAUCAUUGAGGCCAACCAUGUGGUCAAGUCCCACGACCAGAUGGCCGGUUUUAAUCUGACUGAAGAGGAUGAGCGUGAGAUUCGCGCUUUGUCAAGAGAUCCUGACAUCGUUGACAAGAUUGUCCGCUCCAUGGCUCCUAGUAUUUACGGCCACUACGACGUCAAGACUGCCGUGGCUCUUUCACUCUUCGGAGGUGUCAGCAAGGAGGCUCAGGGGAAAAUGUCGAUUCGUGGUGAUAUCAACGUCCUCUUGCUUGGUGAUCCCGGUACCGCCAAGUCCCAGGUACUCAAAUAUGUAGAGAAGACCGCCCACCGAGCUGUUUUCGCCACUGGUCAAGGUGCCAGUGCUGUCGGUUUAACUGCCAGUGUCCGUCGCGACCCUCUGACCAGUGAAUGGACUCUGGAAGGUGGUGCUCUUGUGCUGGCUGAUCGUGGUACCUGCUUGAUCGACGAGUUUGACAAGAUGAAUGACCAAGAUCGAACAUCCAUCCACGAAGCCAUGGAACAGCAGACCAUCUCUAUCUCCAAGGCGGGUAUCGUAACUACCCUAAAAGCCCGUUGUGCCGUUGUUGCUGCCGCCAACCCUACUGGCGGCCGCUACAAUGCCACCAAGCCUUUCUCGCAGAAUGUUGAGCUUACAGAGCCUAUCCUGUCUCGUUUCGAUAUCCUGUGCGUAGUGCGAGACCUGGUUGAGCCGAGCGAAGAUGAGCGUCUCGCCAACUUCGUAAUCGAGUCACACCACCGCUCCAACCCCCCCAAGCCUCUGCGCAACAACGCUGGCGAACUCGUGAAUGCAGAUGGCGAGCGCAUUGACGAGGAGGGCUUCCGUAUUGACGCACAAGGCCGCCGUCUCCCACCUACCCCGGAAGAGGUUGCUAGGCGUGCCGCAGAGCAGAAGAAGGAAGAUGAGGAGAAGGAGGGCGAGAUACCCCAGGAGCUGCUCCGAAAGUACAUUCUCUACGCUCGCGAGCGCUGCUACCCCAAACUGUACCAGAUCGACCAGGACAAGAUCGCCCGUCUCUUUGCGGACAUGCGCCGCGAGUCCCUGGCCACAGGUGCCUACCCCAUCACGGUCCGUCACCUGGAAGCCAUCAUGCGUAUUGCCGAAGCCUUCUGCAAGAUGCGCCUGUCAGAAUACUGUUCCGCACAGGACAUCGAUCGUGCCAUCGCAGUGACCGUCGAGUCAUUCAUUGGUAGCCAGAAGGUCAGCUGCAAGAAGGCUCUGUCUCGUGCCUUUGCCAAAUACACACUUUCCCGACCGAAGCCCCAGUCCAAGCGUCGCGCUGGUGUUGCUGUCCAGAACCCGCAUCUGCCGCGGAGUAUGCCCACUGGCGUUUAA